AUGGAGAACGGUGGCUGCGAGCAGAUUUGCGAAGAACGAAACGAUCGAUUUCAUCGAUGCAGAUGUCGACAGGGUUUCCGGUUGGCUGCCGACAAACGCCGAUGCCAUCCGAUUGAUCCUUGUGCGAUAAAUCGAGGUGGAUGCGAACAGCACUGCGUCAAUGAUAACGGUCGAGCAGUUUGUCAAUGUUAUCCUGGCCUCAGUGUCGGCCACGAUCAAAAAUCAUGCAUCGACAUCGACGAAUGCACAGAAAUGCGGGGUGCUGGAUGCGAGCACGAAUGUGUUAAUCUUUAUGGAACGUACAGGUACACCUCGUUGAAUAUCCAAAUGAAUUAUUGUUCAUUUUGUUGUUUAACUGUGCAAAAAAUUUUCGCCUUGGUGCUUUUUUGA